AUGAACACUCUGGCGAAAAGCGGUGGCGCGUGGCUGGUUUCGCCGUCAAGGACGGCGGCUCUGAGGAGGACGAGAGUAGCUGGUUUCGCCACGUCAUCGUCAUCUUCCUCUUUGCCCAAUUGGGAAGGUGGAGUUUCCUUGGUCCAAGGAGCUUCCAGAGGCCUCGGCCUCGAAUUUGUGAGACAGUUGCUGGAGAACUGUAAGAAAGGGUAUGUUGUUGCUACUUGUCGGAAUCCAAAAGAAGCAACAAGUCUCUCUGAUUUAAAGAACCGAUUCUCUGAAAGACUUUUGAUACAAAAGCUUGAUGUUACAGAUGAAACUACCAUUGAGGAAUCAGCGGAAUCUGUAAGAGAUAGAUAUGGUUCUCUCAAUCUACUUGUAAACGCAACCGGUAUACUCUCAAUUACUGGUGUAUUGCAGCCAGAAACAACAUUGAACAAGGUUGAGAAGUCAUCAUUGAUGCUUUCUUAUGAGGUUAAUGCUGUUGGUCCUAUUCUAGUGAUGAAGCAUAUGUGGCCACUCCUUAAGGCUGGUGGAGGUAAUGGAACGGAGAGGGAAGUAGCUGUUGUAGCCAAUAUAAGCGCCAGAGUUGGAUCCAUUGGAGACAACAGACUUGGUGGUUGGCACUCUUACAGGGCUUCAAAAACCGCACUCAACCAAUUGACGAAAAAUGUUUCGGUUGAGUUGGGUAGGAGGAAGGAUCCAGUGGUGUGCAUUCUACUUCAUCCAGGCACAGUAGACACUGAUCUCUCUCGGCCGUUCCAGAGGAACGUUCCCGAAGGGAAGCUGUUCACAAAAGAGUACUCUGUUGAGAAACUAUUGCACAUCAUCAACAAUGCCAAGAGACAAGACAACGGCAAGUUCUUUGCUUGGGAUGGCCAGGAGAUACCUUGGUGA